AUGCCAGGCAGACCUGGCAAGAAGAGAAGAAAGAGUAAGGAUAAGCCCAAAAAAUGGAGAAAAAUUUCCAGAAAAGGAGUAAAGAUGACAUGUUCCAUUUGCAAGAAAACUGGUCACAACAAAGCUGUGUGUGCAAGAGUUAGAACACAAAGUUCUGUUUAUCCUGAUACCGAUGCAGUGCCAAGAACUGUGUCAAGAACUACCCAAACAACAUCUACAAUGGGAGGUCCAUCACAUUCUACUUCCAGAACCACAUAUGCAACUACACAAUCAAGUCUACCAACUUCUAUUUGUGCUGACACAACAUUUGUGCCAAGACCUGCUCAAAAUAGGGUUCAAGUUGGAACUGGAAGAGAAUUGAGAAGAAAAAAAGCUAAUGCAAGAGGAACCCCAUUUGUUACAGAAAGAGAUAGUUCUUCUAGUCAAUUGCCACCUUUAUCAGGUCACAAGAGACCAUACAAUUCUGCCUCAUCUGCUACUGGAGAAAACAGAAGGCGUGCAACUGAUUUUGGUGUUUACUCUAAUCCUACAACUGGAGCACAAGUAUUUAAUCCUAGUACAUCAAGUGAGAACAUUCUACGGAGGCGAACAAUAUUGAAGAGUGCUCCACCAAUCAAUAUAGACAUUGGUUUUAAACCCCGUGGCCUAAAAUGGAAGGGAAAAGAUGCAGUCAGCACCUCACAGUUACAACAAAUGAAAGCUAAAAAGAAAAACUGGAAGUAGUUCAUUUGGGAAAUUGUUAUGAUUUUGGCCCAUGUUAAAAGGGUGUCUAUUUGAAAACAAUUUACUCUUUAGUUUAUUUGAA